AUGAAACGAUGCUCUCUAUAUUUUUUUCGUACAGAUAGAGGUAAGAAAUCCGAGUGGUUGGAUUCAAGUCUUCGAACAACACAGAUGCAAACAGAGGCUAUCCCUGAUAGUGGCACAUUAAUGCUGCGUGCCCCAUUCUUCUACACAGAUCAGCAGCGUAUCUGCACAACACAAGAGUUGUUGCAUCAGAUAUCAAUGUUUUAUUGUCCUGAUAUCUAUGCCUAUAGUAUUUUAAGUGCACGAACUAUUCUUUCUGAGGCCCACAAGCGUGGUAUUCUAGAAACCACAGUGAAUCCAGGAAAAUUCUUUGUACAUCCUGCAGCACUAAUCAGAAAUCCAUCCAUGUUUUCACAUUUUUUUGGGAUUAGCAGAUCUCCUCACUUUUCUGAACUCCUUUCUGGGCUUCUUGCCAGUCAUGAUGCCCAUCAUUCUGUGCUUGUGCGGGUUUGCCAUUCAAGCGGAGUAGACACAACAAAGUGGAUAGCCUUCUUGCGUGGACUAUGCCUCUGUAUUGCCGUAGGUGAUCCAUUGAUCUCACAGGUAACCUAUGUUAUGGAGGAUUUGCUUCUCGGCAGUGGUGCACAUGAUGUACUCACCAUUCCGGGUGAAUACCAUGAGAGAGGUAUAUUUUUGGCUGAGUUGCUCCUAGAGGCGGGAGUGGAAUUCGGUUUAAUAAGCGUGUUACAACUAAGCUUAAGUAUUCAUCAACAGUUUUUCACAGAGACUCCAUAUGCGGUGAGCAAACGAGUUGCCGUAUGCUUUACCAGAUCUGAGCGACGUUUUCUUGAUUGGAACUUGAGAUGCCUCAACGGUAAAUGGUGGAAGUAA